AUGGCUGUCCUGGAACGAUACGACUGGAUCAUUGCCCUCAUCACCAUCGCCUUUUGCACGAGCUCGUUUGGAAAUGGCGGCAAUGAUGUGGCAAACUCAUAUGCCACGUCCGUGGCAGCCCGUACCCUGACGAUGCCUCAAGUCGGAAUCCUCGCCGCAAUAACCGAGUUCGUCGGAGCCGUGGCUCUGGGAAGUCGUGUCACAGGAACCAUCAAGAACGACGUGAUCGACAUAAGCCGGUUCUCUGACACUCCGGCCGUGCUCGUACUCGCCAUGGCCUGCGCCGAGUUCGGAAGCGCAGUAUGGCUGAUCAUGGCCACCACUCUCGGAUUCCCCGUCUCGACUACCCAGACCAUCGUGGGCGCCAUCGUUGGUGUUGGAAUCGCCUCUCAGGCAACCGUGAGCUGGGGCUGGAAAGACGGCAGUGUCUCGCAGAUCGCCGCCUCUUGGGGGAUUGCUCCCGCCAUCGCUGCCGGUUUUGCCGCCAUCCUCUUCGGCACGCUCAAGUAUUCUGUCUUGGAGCGCAAAGACUCGUUCAAAUGGGCAAUGAGGCUAAUCCCUUGGUAUCUUGCUUUUACCGGCGCCGUUUUGGCACUCUUCAUCACCAUCGAACUGCCAAGCAGCGAUUUUGAACACCUUGCGUCGGGCACCAUUGUCGGCAUCAUCCUCGGCACCUUUGGGGGCGUAUUGCUCGUCGGGUACGCCUUCUUUUUGCCCUACUUCCACCGCCGCCUCGUGAGGAAGGACACCCGCGUCAGAGCCUGGCAUAUUCCUCUGGGUCCCCUGCUCUGGAGAGAGAACCCGCCGCUGUAUUUCCCGGGCAAGGACAAUGCAGUCGUUAUCGACUAUUACAGCGGCUCACAUGAGGAUUCAAGCACGGAAAGCAUCACCAAGGAGAAAGACCAGCCUGCACAAGGCCAGACGCGGUUGCGCCGUGCCACCGAGCCCGAGGAGCGCUUCCUUGCUCCCGUGGCCCACCUUCCGAUUUACCACCCCAGGCGUCUAUGGGGGUAUAUCAAGUUCGGGCUGCUGCAAGGCGUGACCCGGGACUGCGUCUCGCACAACUCUGCCGCCCUGGCGGCAGUCCACGCCGCGGCCAGGCGCUAUGACAACCGUGUCGAGCAUCUGUGGACAUACGCCCAGGUUGCCAGCGCCAUGAUGAUGUCUAUCGCCCACGGCUCCAACGACGUGGCCAACGCCGUGGGACCCUGGGUAGCGGCCUACGGCACGUGGCAGACCGGCGUCGUGUCCGAGGACGUCGACACGCCCGUGUGGAUUCUCAUCGUCGCCGGCCUCCUGCUCGGCGCCGGGUUCUGGUUCAUUGGCUUCCACAUCAUCCGCUCGCUCGGCAACAAGAUCACGCAGCUUAGUCCCACGCGCGGGUAUGCCAUGGAGCUGGGCGCCGCCAUUACGGUGCUGCUCGCCAGCGUCCUGGGAAUUCCCGUUAGCACGACGCAGUGUCUGUGCGGCGCGGUGCUCGGCGUCGCGAUGAUGAACUAUGACUUUUCCGCCGUCAACUGGAGGCAGCUGGCCUGGAUCUUCUUGGGCUGGGUCCUGACGCUGCCGGCCGCCGGGCUGAUUGCAGGUCUGCUCUUUGUCAUGGCGGUAAACACGCCGCAUUUUGGGUAA